AUGCUCUCAAAAACACCUCUAGCAGAUAUUGAAGGGCCGGUCUGGCAUCGCUUCAUCCGAUUCGUGGCAGACGAUGGUAUAGAGUACUGUGGGCAACCAGAGUCGGAGGAUGUGGAUGUCGGCCUAGCGAUGCUGGAUGACACACCUGUCAUGGUCGACAUACUCGAUGCGAAGUCAGCUGUCGAUGGCGACGCGAACUUUACAGGAGAGAAGAAGCGUGUUUCCAAGCUCUUGUCACCGAUCAGUGCCGCUCAAGCCAGCGCAAUUUAUUGCAUCGGACUCAACUACACUGACCAUGCGGCGGAGAUGAAGGUGGCUACGCCAGAAUAUCCCGAGGUCUUUCUCAAACCAGCAACCACGAUCACCGCAGCUACUGGCUCGAUAGUCAUCCCGAAAACAUGUCACAACCAAGUCGACGGAGAAGUCGAACUCGCGGUCAUUAUUGGCAGAGACUGCAAAGACCUCACACUUCAGAAUGCGAUGGAGGCGGUGCUCGGAUAUACUAUUGCAAACGAUGUAACGGCCCGUAAGUUCCAGGCAAGAGGCAGUCAAUGGGGGUUCAGUAAGGGUUUCGACACCUUCUGCCCACUGGGUCCAGUGGUUGUCAGCAGACAGUCUUUACCUGAUCCGAAAGUGCUGGAACUUAGGACAACACUGAAUGGGAGGGUCAUGCAAGAUGGCCAAGCAAGAAACAUGAUCUUCAGUAUUGAGGACAUUUUGGUGUACCUGACGAAUGGCCACACUCUGAAGAAGGGCACAGUGAUUUUAACUGGUACACCUAGUGGUAUUGGAGCGAGUUACGACCCUCCCGUCUACCUCCAAAAGGGCGCGGAUUUGAAGGUAUCCAUUAGCCAUGGCUUAGGGACCCUGGUUAACUCGAUCACCUGA